AUGUACGGCUGCGAUCUGUCGCACGACGAGCAAUGGGGCCAUCUCGCGUCCGACCCGUACCUGCGAUUCACCGCCUCCUCGGUGCCGCGGGAGCGCAAGAUCGCCAACGUGCAGAGCCUCGGCUUCGGCGCGCUCUUCGCGCCCACCCCUCCGCUCCCCGCCUCCGCCGCUUCCCCGCUCCUUUCACCCUCCGCAUCCACCCUCCCAUCCCCCACCUCCGCCGCCCCCGCUUCCUCCCAACCGCCCCCCGUGGUGCGCCAUGCGCCGCUGCGCUGCGCCUUCUGCGGGGCGUGCGUGUGCCUCUACUCCGCCAUCGCGCCCGCCACGGGCGACUGGCGUUGCGCUCUGUGCGGGCGGCCCAACAUGAGCGGCGGGCACUACCUGCUGGCGGAGGGGGAGACGCUCGAGGGGUGGCCGGAGCUGGGCGCGCGCGUGGUGGACUACGUUGAGGCGGGCGGAGGGGCGCGCGGGGCGGGGGAGGGGGGGGUGGGGGGGGGCGCGUCGGAGGCGGUGCUGGGGGCGCCGGUGGUGGUGGUGGUGGACGAGGGGCUGGACGCCGCGUGCAUGGGGGGAGUCAGAGCCGCGCUCACGGCCAUGCUGCAGCACCUGCCAUCCGCCACGCGCAUCGCUAUCAUCACCUUCGGCGCGUCGCUCUCACUCUUUGACCUCUCGCCCUCCGCCUCGCCGCUGCUCGCCUCCGCCGACUGCUUCCCCGCCACACACGCGCUGCCCCCCGCCACGCUGGCCGCGCUGCUGCUGGGACGCGCGCAGCACCUCGCGCCCAUCGCGGCCUGCCUGCCCUCCGCGCAGGCCGUCAUCGCCUCGCUGCGCCCCUGCCGCGCCGCCACGCCGCCCCUCGCCCGCGCGCGCGCCCUGGGCCCCGCCGUGGAGCUCGCGCUCGCGCUGCUGCGCGGCCCCGCGCCCGCCCUGCCGCGCGCCCACCAGCGCCGCUGGAGCGGGGCGGCGCGCGUGGUGGUGCUGUGCGGGGGGCCGGCCACGGUGGGCGCGGGGGCGGUGGCGGAGGGCAUAGAGGGCGUGGGGGAGGGCGAGGAGCGGCAGCGCGAGCAGGCGGCGCGGCGGCACUACGAGGCGCUGGGCAGGGAGGCGCGGGGCAUGGGCGCCGUGGUGGACGUGUUCUCGGGGGGGCCCCUGCUCGUGCGCGUGCCCGCACUGCUGCCCCUGGCGGCGCUGUCAGGGGGCGCGCUGGUGCCGCUGGACGAGUUCAGCCCCGCCGCGUUCCCCCCGCUGCUGCUGCGCGCCCUCUCGCGCAUCGUGGGCGCGGAGGGGUCGCUGGAGGUGCGCUGCUCGCCCGAGGUGGCCGUCACACGCGUGAUCGGCCCUGCAGAGGCGGAGGAGGGCGGCGGGCGCAGGGGGGCGGGGGGGGAGGAGGGGUUCCCGGAGGACAGUGCAACGGCGGUGGUGCUGCUGAGUGUGGACGAGGAGGCGGCGGUGGCGGUGAGCAUGGAGCUGACAGACGACCUCACCCGCCACCACGUGUUCUUCCAGUUCCUCUGCCGCUUCCGCCUCCUCAACCACGACCUGGUGACGCGGGUGGUGACGGUGCGUCUACCAGUGGCGGCAUCGCUACCGGCGUACCUCUCAUCGGUGCACGAGCCCACAGCAGCGCUGCUCAUCGCCAAGCGCACCGUGCUGGCGGCGCCCACAGCUCGCGAGGCGGGGGAGAUGCGCGCGUGGGUGGACGCCCGUGCACGUGACUUGGCGCUCAAGCUGGGCGGCGUGGCACAGCACAACCGCUCCCUGCUGCAGUUCCCCCACCAGCUGCCGCGGGUAGCGGAGGCGCUGUACGAGGUGAGGCGCAGCCCGGUGUUGGGGCGCCACGUGGCGGGCGAGUGGGAGCGCCAGGCCCUGCGCGCACUGCUGCUGCGCGCAGGGGGGGAGGCGGCACUGCGCAUGGUGCUGCCCUCGCUGCUCAUGUUCCGCGCCGGCCACGCCACCCAGUUCGUUGAAGUGCCGCCCUCUGACCUGGCGCUGACGUCAGAUGCCGCCCUGGUGCUGGACCACGGCACCGACAUGCUCAUCUGGCUCGGAGCGCACCUGGCGCCGGACGAGCCCACGAGGCGCGGAGUGGAGGCGGCGUGUCGCCAGCUGGCAGCGCAGCUCAUGGGCGGGCCGGGCGGCAGAGGCAGGUUCCCGGCACCACGCGUACUCUGCUUCACUGAGGGCACGGCGGAAGCGGCCUUCAUGACGGCGCGCCUCACGCCCACACACAAGGACCCCCUUGCUGUUCAGGAGCUGCUCUUCCCACCGCUGAGGGAGAUGCAGGAGGAGGAGCGGGCAGCCGUGCGGGCCAAGCUGCCGCCCACCCCCGAGCCCGGCUUCACCGACUGGCUGCGCUCGCUGCGCCUCGCGCCCCCCCAACCCCCCCUCGCUGCACCCUCCUGA